AUAAGCAUCAACACAUAUACUGAACAGUGAAAGAUGAAGAGGUCAAUAAUCGCUCGAGAAAAAAGUGGAUGUCACGUAAAAGAUGGAGAACUCUAGCCUGAAGGAUCUUUCACGAAUACUCCCUCGCGUCCUUGUCGUCUCUAGACGCACCCUUCGCAAGAACAAAUUUGUUGAUUUCGUUGGUGAAUACCAUCUUGAUCUUAUAGUCGAGUAUGGUGCUGUCCCGGUGAUUGUACCACGAGUAGCUGGCGUUGACAAGUUACUAGAAAGCUUCAAACCCAUCCAUGGAAUUCUCCUCUGUGAGGGAGAAGACAUCGACCCUUCUUUUUACGAGUCAGAAAUAUCGUCUCUUUCACCUGAAGAACUCGACGAGAUCCGGAAAACACAUGCGAGUGAUGCAGCUAUAGACAAGAUAAAAGACUCUAUUGAGUUUGCUCUUGCAAAGCUAUGCCUUGAACAGAACAUUCCUUACUUGGGAAUUUGCAGGGGAUCACAAGUUUUAAAUGUUGCUUGUGGUGGGAGUCUAUAUCAGGAUUUGGAGAAAGAGGUCACAACUAAGCUCCCCGAGGAACAUAGAAGAAAGCACAUUGAUUAUGAUGACUAUGAUGGUUAUAGACACGAGGUGAAGAUAGUAGAGAACAGUCCUUUGCAUGAAUGGUUCAAAGAUUCCUUGGAUGAAGAAAAUAUGGAGAUCUUGGUCAACAGUUAUCAUCACCAGGGGGUUAAGAGAUUGGCUCAGAGAUUCGUGCCAAUGGCCUUUGCUCCCGAUGGAUUGAUCGAAGGGUUUUAUGAUCCUGAUAUGUACAAUCCCAAAGAGGGCAAGUUUCUCAUGGGUUUACAGUUCCAUCCAGAGAGGAUGAGAAAGAAUGGUCUCGAAGAAUUCGAUUUCCCCGGUUGUCCUGGUGCUUAUCAGGAAUUUGCGAAGGCAGUUAUUGCAUAUCAAAAGAAAGUGAAUAGCUCAUUGUCUGUUCCUAAAAAAUUGGAACUCAAUCCAGAAAUGGAAAACAAAAGGAAGAUACUUGUCAGGAGCUUCUCGCUUGCAAGGUCUAUGUACACCAGAUCUUAUUCGAUGAAGAACCAAUCUACUGAAUCAGAACUCGACGUUGGAGCUGAGUUUCUUGAGUCAAAUACGGCUUUAAGUAUGGAUCAAGAGAUGAAGCUGAGAGAGAUGGGAGCGACCAUGAGGAACGGAGUAUCAUUCGCGCAAAAGCUAAGGCUUGAUGAGGAUAAGCAGAGGAAGGCAAUGAACAUAAUGAAGAAGAUGAACGUGGAGCGACUCUCUGAGUUCAUUGCUUUCUAUACCUUGAUGGGGAAGAUCUCUAGUGAGGUAUUGGAGAGAAAGCUUAAUGGCUCACUCGAUGACCACAGUCCCACUUCUCAAUGACGUCAGUAACGCUGAAUGUUAAAAUUUGGUUAUUUUAUUAACUUACUUUCUGCAUUGAAAAAGUAUUGUAUGAUUUACGUCAAUAUAAGCAUACGGCUUUUCAUGAAAGUUGGUUAAUGCAUGAGUGAUUAUGAAUGUACUUUGACUAAAUAAAUUGUAAUAGUUGAUAUUUUAAACUAGUAACAUAUUACUC